AUGUUAACGAGUCAUUGACAGCUUCAUUUUUGACAUCAAAAAACCAAACCAAUCAUUUCUUUCUUUCUCUUCCUCCUUGCAAAAAUAGAGAACAAGGUCUUCUUCUUCUUCUUCUUCUUAAUCUUCAUCUUCUUUUAUUUGGUCUCAAAAACAACAAAAAUUCGAAAACAGAAUAAAUUAAUUAAUUAAUUAGUACUAAUUUUUAUACAAUUCGUGAUUAUUUUAACAAACUCCUCCAUUUCCUGUACACUUCCUUUUUCUUUUCUCUCUCUUUCUUACAUUUCCUCUCUGGAACAAGAAGAAGAAGAACCCUAAAUAUUGAAAUCGUGAUCCGGGUUUGUUUGUUUUCCAGAGAGGAAGAAAUUUAAACCUCUCCAUCAUAAUCAUAAUAUAGUUAAGGUUUAAUUUAGGUAUGGCGAAUUCGAAAGGGUCAUCAAACUUCAGAAAUUUUCUACAUGGUGGACAACAAUCACUACUUCCUCCCAGGAUUCCCUUCCCAAGUGUGCUAACCUCAUAUAUUGACUAUGGGUCUAAUUCCUCAACAUCCAGAGGUGUUCCGAAACCCAGGCAAGGACUUAAGCACCACCAACGUACUUCCUCUGAGAGCUUCCUCAUAGAAGAGCAGCCAUCUUGGGUGGAGGAACUCCUUAAUGAACCAGAGACUCCUGUUAGGAGAGGUCAUCGGCGUUCGUCAAGUGACUCUUUUACAUAUUUCGAUUCUGCCAAUGCUUCCAUGGAUUCCCUGUUUCAAGAGGACAAUAAAUUUAAAAAUAUAGCAUCCUUACCUAGAACAGCAUCAGGAGACUUCGAUCACUAUAGAGAUACCAAUCAUGCUUCGUUUUAUCCAGAACUGAACUCUUUCAUGAGACAGCAAGAUAGGUCAUGGGAAACAUCCAUGAAUUCUAUGGCCUACCCAGGUGGACUUCCAUCUAGAUGUGAUAACACUGUACCCCACACCUCUGGGUACUCGUGUCCUCCGCAGGAGCCAGCUGGAGUUUCAUCUAUUCCCACGGAAAAGCAAGAUCAAGAGGAUUCUUCUGGUCCACAUGAUCCCAAGGCGUCCUCUGAAAGAAGGGACUAUACCAAGCCGUCUUCAUCUGAAACUGAUCCAAAACGUGCUAAACAGCAGUUUGCUCAGCGUUCACGGGUGCGGAAGCUUCAGUACAUUGCUGAGCUUGAAAGGAAUGUCCAAGCCUUACAGGCGGAAGGAUCUGAAGUUGCAGCUGAAAUUGAAUUUCUAGACCAGCAAGGUCUUUUACUAAACAUGGAAAACAAAGCCCUGAAACACCGAUUGGAUGGCCUGGCACAGGAACAACUCAUCAAGUGCUUGGAGCAGGAAAUGUUAGAGAGAGAAAUUGCCAGGCUUCGAGUCUUGUAUCAGCAACAGCAACUUCAGCAGCAUCAACCGCAACAGCGUGCACCUUCUGCUCCUCGUCGUUCCAGUAGCAGGGAGCACCUUAACCUUGAUGCUCAGUUUUCGAGCCUCUCCCUAAAGCAUGAGGCAGGUUCUGGUCGCGACCCUGUAAGUGGCUCACUUCGGAUUUGAAGUCUUGGGGAAAAGAUAGAAGUAAUAAAAAAAUGUGCCAUAAUUUUAUUUUUUACUCACACUACUACUUCCUCCUGAGGUGAGAGCAAGCAGUGGCCUCAUUUUUAUAAACUUUGAGAAACUGCUUGAUCCUGACAUAUCGUGUUUUAAUGUGCACCUGGUGGUCGUACGGUAAAAUAAGAAUCUAGUCUUCUGACUCGUUCGACACAUCGGUGGUGAUGACUCGACAAGUUCUUCAUGUUUCUGUCUCUGUAUCUCUCUGUUGUAUUAUACAGGCAAUUGUACUUUUAACCCAUAAUCCUGGGUUUCUUUCUUACCAUUUUGACAUCUUUCUUAACUUUGAUUUAUCAAGUAGUUUGCCGCAAUGGGCUCUGUUUACCUAUUAAAGAAAACAGGAAAGGAAGGGAAUGUAUUUCAAGUUUUCUUUCAUUAUUUUUUUCCUCACUACCUGUAUCAACUUUAUAAUAUUUCAGGACUAAUUGAGUAUCCCUUUUCUUUUGGUUUCUCGAUAAUGAA